AUGGUCAUCGACGAUAAGCUACUUAAUGAUCCGGAGUUCAAAAAGAAACUCUUCGCCAUCGAUGACAUUCUGAUGAACACACACACGGACCGAAGCAAGCCGAUGCCUUGCUCGGCAAAUCACAAGGUGGCCCGCUUUGAGAAUGGCAUCGACUGCGACGAGGUCUACCCGGGCAUCAUCGUCGGCAAUGCAGGCGCCGCCCGGAACAAGCAGUACCUGAAGGCGAUCGGCGUGACGCACGUCCUCAACACCGCCCACGGCGACCGCUUCAACAUGGUCGCCACCGAUGCGGAGUUCUACCGCGACGUGGGCAUCACCUUCAAGGGCCUCCACCUCGAUGACACCUGGCUGGAGGACAUCUCGCGGACCUUUGCGGAGAGCGCCGCCUUCAUCGAGGAGGCCCUAGAGAAGAGGGGCGGGAAGGUGCUGGUGCACUGCCUGGCGGGCGUCAGCCGCUCCGCCACCACCGCCAUCGCCUACCUGAUGCUGAAGAAGGGCCUGUCGGUGGAGAACGCGGUGAGGACGGUCCGCUCCAACCGGCGCAUCUUCCCCAACGAGGGCUUCCUCCGGCAGCUGGUGCAGCUGGACAUGCAGCUGAGGGCGGGCUUGCAAAAGUAG